AUGGAUGUUGAGACUGCCACAGCGAAAGAUGCGAUAUAUCCGGAUUGUGCGGGCACAACAACUUAUGCUCAUGACACUUCAAAUCUUUCACGUUAUGAUCUCGUUUCAUUCUCUACAGAAAUCUUCAUAGUAAAUCGCCGAGCUCCUGUCUGGCAAUGUAAAAGGAACAUCGUAUCUUAUGACGAACCUGAAAUUGUGAUUCCAAAUCAUACUGGUCGAAAUAUCGAUUUGGACUUUAAAUGGAAGC